AGACUAAAUCUUCCAGGACAUUUCGAUAAGGGAUGCCCGAUUGUUCUUGUACCCGGAUUCAGCGGAUGGGGUCGUCCGCUUCUAGGGACACUGAACUACUUUGGCGGCUUUUCAGACUUGGCGUCGGCCUUGUCCACUGAUGGAUAUACCGUCGUUCUUGUCCGUAUUGGGCCGAUAUCAAGCAACAGAGAACGGGCCUGCGAGAUUUACGAGCAGCUUACUAGAAUCAGAGGCUUUGACCUUCCGGGAAGCACACCACCGACCAUGAUAAACCUUGAUCUCGGAACUGGACUCCUUCUACCGAGAGGAGCACCGGCUCCGCAGACGCCGCUCGCAGUUGUCUACGGCGCCGAUCACUUGCCGCAGUCAUGGACAUGGAGUGACACGAACAGAGUCAACUUCAUCUGCCACUCACAAGGUGAUACGACAGUUAGGUACCUGAUCUGGCUACUGUCAGGUGGAGGGGAACCCAACUUGCCACAAUUCCGUGGUGUCGACCGACGGCCGUGGGUGAAGGCUGUUGUUACUCUGGGCACCCCUCACAAGGGUACGCCGGUUACCGAAGUAAUAGAGUCGUGGACUAAAUUUAUCACCUCUUGUUCAUUCGCAAGCCGAGAGGACAGGUUCUACGAUCUCCAUCUUGACCACUGGGGCUUUGCCCGGCGCAAUCUGGAGUCUUACCAUCACAUGCGUGCGAGAAUUGCCACCGACGUUCAAGCAUGGUGGGACAACAACACUACUAGUAACGGCUUUCGUGACAACAGUAUUGAAGGCGCAGGGUACCUAAACGGUGAAGAGCGUGGAUUUACCCACCCGAUCUAUUUCUUCACAAUGAGUUUCUGUGCUACGCAACCCCUACCCGAUCUGUCUCUCACCGAUGAGGACGUCAACGACUUUCUUAGUCUGUUCCGUCCGGUCCUCAAAAUCUUGGACCCUUUGGGCUUUGGGGCCUGGGCCGCUCGCAAACUUGUUCCCAAAAUUGAGCCGUUCACCCGCUGUAUUGGGCUUACGCCUCCCUUCCAGGCCGUACUUGAGUUUUGCAUAUAA